UCGGAGAGAGUUUGAAGUGUGAUUGGGAAGUGUGAAGGUCAAGGUAAGGCAGGGCCAAGGCUGCAAGGGGAGGGUUGCCAUGGUGACGGGGCCUAGUCCCACCGCCUCUCCACCUCCUCCUUCAAACAUGGCGCCCGUCUAUGACCGGCCAGGCUUCUGGGGAGAGCCCACCUCCACUCUGGACUGGUGUGAGGAGAAUUACGUCGUGUCUUAUUAUGUUGCCGAGUUCUGGAAUACUGUAAGUAACCUGAUUAUGAUUCUACCUCCUAUCUAUGGUGCGAUUCAGACUGUAAGAGAUGGCCUUGAAACUCGCUACCUAGCUGCAUUUUUGGGUCUUGCAGCUGUGGGAAUAGGGUCCUGGUGCUUCCACAUGACAUUGAAAUAUGAAAUGCAGUUGUUGGAUGAACUUCCCAUGAUCUACAGCUGCUGUAUAUUUGUCUACUGCUUGUACGAAUGCUUCAAACACAAGAACACGCGCAACUACCUUCUAGCUUUUAUACUGGUACUAUUCAGUGGGCUAGUGACCAUAGUAUAUCUCCAGUGGAAGGAGCCAGUGUUUCACCAGGUUAUGUAUGGCUUCCUAGUCGGCUGUUUAGUCCUACGAUCAGUAUAUGUUGUCACAUGGGUUUACCCUUGGCUGAGGCCCCUUGCCUACACAUCAUUAGGUGUAUUUCUGAUGGGCUUCAUUCUAUGGAAUGUAGACAAUAUCUUCUGCAAUAAUUUAAGGGAUAUCCGGCAAAAGUUACCAUUCCAAAUUCUAGGUGCCGUGACACAGUUUCAUGCUUGGUGGCAUAUUCUAACAGGCCUCGGCUCCUAUUUACACAUUCUUUUCAGUAUGUAUACAAGAACUCUAUAUUUGAAAUACAGACCUAAAGUGAAGUUUCUGCUUGGUGUCUGGCCUAUUAUUUGGGUGGAACCUCCUCCUAAGAAGCACUAAAAAUGCCAGGGAUUGAAAUCUCUGGCAAAGAACAAGCUGGACUUCAGCACUGAGAGCUGUUUUAUCUAAUUCUGCAAAGCGAGUGUUAAUGAGUGGAAAAAGGUUUGAAAUGAAUCAUGGAGAGAAAGAAACACACUGAUGAUAUAUUUCCGAUCAUGCCGAGUUUUUGUAUUUAUUUUUUUAAAAUGCUGCCAGGUGUAGUAGAAUUAUCUAGGAGGUUAAUGUGUACAAUGGGAAGUCAGAAAUACUGCAGCUUGUGUGAUAAUGUUUGAUAGAACUCUGAUAAUAUUCUGAUAACCAACUUAAUCAGUGAACAGCUAAUGUUCUUUAGGUCUUUUUACACUUGGCCAAACUAUUGAACAAAUUAUGGACUGAAACGGAGUGGUUCACUGUACCCUAACAUUUUUUUUUAAAUUUAUUUGUCUCCUGCUCUCAAUUCUGCCCAUUUAAGGAUCUUAAGAAUUUACUUCACUAGACCUAUGAUGUCUCUCUGAAAAUUCUCAAGACCAGAGAUGUGCAUUGAGUAGUACCUCAACAUGUAAAACAAAGGGCAGGUUCCAUUCCAAGCCUUGGAUUGGGAGACAAAGUACCUCCUCUCAAAAUGGGGGCUGGGGUGUUGUUGAGCGAGAAAGAACUGGUCCAUCUCUUCUCAUCCCUCCUGCUUUGUAGGUUUUGUUCCUGAUCACUUUAACGCCAGUACUGCCGCUCACCCUGCUGGUUGCUGAGUUUCAGUAUUGAGAGAGACAUUUAGGGAUUUGGGCUACAAAGCAAGGAUUGUGGGCUGGCGGGAAAUGUCAGGAUCACUCCCAGACUGCGAUUUGAGUGAGAAUGAAUGUCAUCGUUGUCCCUCUCAUUAACUAGUGAAAUGGUAACAGAGGGGGUAGAAAACAUAACAGGGCUUUGCUUUCUAAGAAUUUAAUCAGUUUGUGCUGGUCACUGAAAAACUGAAAAUUGUGUGCGCUUGGAUUGUAUUUAAACUGCAUAUCGUGUUCACUGUUCUUUCAGUAACCUUUUAUAUUGGAAUUUUAUAGCUAGGAUUAGUGUCCUUCAUUAAAGCCCUAGAAUUCAAUGGGGAUUCUGCUGUCAGAUCUAAUCGGGAAUCAUUGGAAAAUAUAAAUACCAUUUCCUUGGGGAUUGUGCAAAACAAUGAAAGGAGGUAGCGGGUUCCCUGCAGAAUUACAGGGCAUAGUGUUAG